UUGACAAAACAAAAUAUCUCUCUUUUUCAAUCUGUUGUGUCUUUUCCCUGAAUCUAAAGAUGUUAGUUUCUUUAAUUUUAUAUUUCGAUAUCUAAUUUAUUAUUUUAUUCAAUUUAGUCCCUUUGAGCAGACUCAAACUUCUAGCUCUCUGGUGGCAGUCCAAGGGAUUUAUGUUACUUGGUUAGAUGUUUUUGCAUGCCUGGUGUAGUAAAACAAGUAGCUUUUGUUUAAGUUGUUGUUUCGCUUUCACCAUGUGGGGUUUUGCUUCAAAAGCCAUUAAUGGAACCAUUGGGUUGAAGAAUGACAUUUCGAAGCCAGGUCAAGCUCAUUCAGAAUGCUCGGAUGAUGAACCUUCUUCAUAUAGUAGCCGAGAGGAGGGACUGGAAUGCCCUAUUUGCUGGGAAUCUUUCAAUAUCGUUGAAAAUGUGCCUUAUGUUUUAUGGUGUGGCCAUACCCUAUGUAAGAAUUGUGUGCUAGGACUUCAAAGAGCUAGCGUAAAACUCCCCACACUGCCAGUUCAGCUUCCAUUCUUCGUCUGUUGUCCGUGGUGUAAUCUACUGUCGUUAAGGUUGGUUUACAAAGGAAAUCUCAGGUUCCCGCACAAGAACUACUUCCUACUAUGGAUGGUUGAGAGCAUGAAUGGUGAUAGGUCAAGGUCUAAUUUCUCCGCUCGCGGUGAUCAUCAAUCUGCCUGUUCUGUAAAUAGAAAUGCACCUCAAGUUGGCCAAAUAAGCAAUAGGCGAGGAGGCCCAUGUACUCAUCUUCCGCGACGAUCAGCUGAGAACCAUGAUGAAGAGCGACCUAGUGUUCGGUACUUAAAUGCGGAGAGGCUUCAGUUAUCCAUACGCAAGUCACUGGCUUUCUUCGUUCACUUGACAGCUAAGUUUCCCUUAAUAGCCGUAUUUCUUCUGAUUAUCUUGUAUGCAAUACCAGCUAGUGCAGCGAUUUUAGCACUCUACAUCCUUAUUACCCUUAUAUUUGCUCUACCGUCUUUUCUCAUCUUAUACUUUGCAUUACCUAGUUUGGAUUGGUUGGUUAGAGAGAUCAUUACUUGAAUUCACAGCAUAAUCCUACGUAAUGGAUUCUGAUAAUGCGCGUGGGACUCCUGUUCUUCGCAAUCCGCCUAAUUGGUGCAAUACAAUUCGACGACUUUUCUUCUAUUUUACUGUGACGCUCUUCAAGCUGGGAUUGAUGUUCUUCAAUCGAACUUGAUUAAAAUUAUAGCAUCUGGCAAAUUAGUUGAUUGCAGAUGUUAAUUUGGUCAAAUUCCAAGAUUUUGGUAGCAAUCUUUGUAGAAAUGUUUUUUCUUUGCUAGAAGUAUUUAUUUGUAGUGUAAAUAUGCUCUUGCAUGAUUCUUUUUCUGAUGUGUAUGUUGCUCUUUAAUAGACUCAUCGCAUCGAGCUUUCCUAUUUUA